GGGGCGGGGCUUCGCCGGGGGUGGGGCUCCGGAUGCCGUGGCGGGUGGCUAGCGAUCCUGUUAGGGCUGAGGAGGCGAUGGCGGCUCGCGUGUUGGGGCUGCUGGCCGCACUGCUGGCUGUCGCCGCCGCUGCCUCCCGGGCUGAGGUCGAGUCCGAGGCGGGAUGGGACACGGUGGAGCCUGAUUUGCUCUUCGCUGAGGGGACCGCGGCCUACGCGCGCGGGGACUGGGCCGGGGUCGUCCUGAGCAUGGAGCGGGCGCUGCGCUCGCGGGCCGCCCUGCGCGCCCUCCGCCUGCGCUGCCGCACCCAGUGUGCCGCCGACCUCCCGUGGGAGCUGGACCCCGACUCGCCCCCGAGCCUGGCGCAGGCCUCCGGCGCCGCCGCCCUGCACGACCUGCGCUUCUUCGGGAGCCUGCUGCGCCGCGCCGCCUGCCUGCGCCGCUGCCUCGGGCCGCCUGCCGCCCACUCGCUCAGCGAGGAGGUGGAGUUGGAGUUCCGCAAGCGGAGCCCCUACAACUACCUGCAGGUCGCCUACUUCAAGAUAAACAAGUUGGAGAAAGCCGUAGCAGCAGCACACACCUUCUUCGUGGGCAAUCCUGAGCACAUAGAAAUGCAGCAGAACCUAGACUAUUAUCAAACCAUGUCUGGAGUGAAGGAGGACGACUUCAAGGAUCUUGAGGCCAAACCCCAUAUGCAUGAGUUUCGACUGGGAGUGCGACUUUACUCAGAGGAAGAGCCGAUGGAAGCCGUGCCCCACCUAGAGACAGCGCUGCAAGAGUACUUUGUGGCAGACGAGGAGUGCCGUGCCCUCUGCGAGGGGCCCUAUGACUAUGAUGGCUACAACUACCUCGAGUACAAUGCUGACCUCUUCCAGGCCAUCACAGAUCACUACAUCCAGGUCCUCAGCUGUAAGCAGAACUGUGUCACCGAGCUUGCUUCCCACCCAAGCCGAGAGAAGCCCUUUGAAGACUUCCUCCCAUCACAUUACAAUUACCUGCAGUUUGCCUACUACAACAUUGGGAAUUACACACAGGCUAUCGAAUGUGCCAAGACCUAUCUCCUCUUCUUCCCUGACGACGAAGUGAUGAAGCAGAAUCUGGCCUACUAUGCGGCUAUGCUUGGGGAAGAACAGGCCAGCUCCAUCGGCCCCCGUGAGAGUGCCCAGGAGUACCGACGACGAAGCCUGCUGGAGAAAGAACUGCUUUUCUUCGCUUAUGAUGUUUUUGGAAUUCCCUUUGUGGACCCGGAUUCAUGGACUCCAGAAGAGGUGAUUCCCAAGAGAUUGCAAGAGAAACAGAAGUCGGAACGGGAAACAGCCGUACGCAUCUCCCAGGAGAUUGGGAACCUUAUGAAGGAGAUCGAGACCCUUGUGGAAGAGAAGACCAAAGAGUCAUUGGAUGUGAGCAGGCUGACCCGGGAAGGUGGCCCCCUGCUGUAUGAAGGCAUCAGUCUCACCAUGAACUCCAAACUCUUGAACGGCUCUCAGCGGGUGGUGAUGGAUGGCGUGAUCUCUGACGAUGAGUGUCAGGAGCUGCAGAGACUGACCAACGCGGCAGCAACUUCAGGAGAUGGCUACCGGGGUCACACGUCCCCACAUACGCCCAGUGAGAAGUUCUAUGGUGUCACUGUCUUCAAAGCCCUCAAGCUAGGGCAGGAGGGGAAAGUCCCUCUGCAGAGCGCCCACCUGUACUACAACGUGACCGAGAAGGUGCGGCGCGUCAUGGAGUCCUACUUCCGCCUGGACAGCCCCCUCUACUUCUCCUACUCCCACCUGGUGUGCCGCACUGCAAUCGAAGAGGCCCAGGCCGAGAGGAAGGACAGUAGCCAUCCAGUCCACGUGGACAACUGCAUCCUCAAUGCCGAGACCCUUGUGUGUGUCAAGGAGCCCCCUGCCUACACCUUCCGGGACUACAGCGCCAUCCUCUAUCUGAACGGGGACUUCGAUGGCGGGAACUUCUAUUUCACUGAACUGGAUGCCAAGACCGUGACGGCAGAGGUGCAGCCCCAGUGUGGAAGAGCCGUGGGAUUCUCUUCGGGCACUGAAAACCCACACGGAGUGAAGGCUGUCACCAGGGGCCAACGCUGUGCCAUCGCUCUGUGGUUCACUCUGGACCCUCGACACAGCGAACGGGACAGGGUGCAGGCAGACGACCUGGUGAAGAUGCUGUUCAGCCCAGAAGAGGUGGACAUCCCCCAGGAGCAGCCCCUGGACGCCCAGCAGGGCCCCCCCGAGCCCGCAGAAGAGUCUCUCUCAGGCAGUGAGUCGACGCCCAAGGAUGAGCUAUGACAGCGCCCAGGCCCCAGGUGGAUUGGUGCUAAGACCCACGGGAGGGGGACUGGCCAGCCCUUCGGGGCCAUGGGGCAGUGGGCCUGCCUCCGCUGCCCAGCCAAGGGGUCCUGCUCAUGGCCCUCUGCACGGUGCUGCUGCUCUUGGAGUGGAUGUGGCAGGAUGCUGCUCCCCUCUGGACCUGGCCGAGGGCUCGGGACGCAGGCCCAGAGCCACCCCAGGGGCCUGCACAAGCAGCCGCGUGACAGCAAUGCAGUAUUUAAGUGACUAUGUGGACAACCAAAGAAUAAAUGAUUCGUGUUUUUUU